AUGGUUGGAUUGGUGUCAGCAGCCGGCCUCGUCGGCUUCCUCUCCGAGCCAGACCCCGAGCUUCGAAGCUUCGCAUUGAAGCAACUAGACAGCCAGGUCGAUCUGCUAUGGACAGAAAUUGCCGACUCGGUUGGUGAGAUAGAGGCUCUCUACGAAGAUGAAUCCUUUCCAGAACGCGAACUCGCCGCAAUCGUCGCAUCCAAAGUGUAUUACCAUCUCCAAGAAUAUAAUGAAAGUAUGGCCUUUGCCCUGGCUGCCGGAAAGCAUUUCAGGUUGGAUCAGCCUGGGGAAUAUGAAGAUACCAUCAUCUCCAAAUGCGUGGAUACCUUCAUCGCUCUAUCUGCAAGCCGCGGUCCUACCUCGGCCGCCGCCACCGCGGGGACGCAGACUGAGCUCGAUACCGCAUUUGGGCAGGGAGGAGACGGCGCUGCUAGCAUGUCGGCGAGCCUGACUUCUCCCGUGACCCCAUUCUCUCAGUCCGUUCUACCGUCAAAAUCCCUCCUGUCGAGACAAAACACAAUAGCGUUCGAUCCUACUCAAGCCGGUGCGGACGUCGGACAAACGGGUUCUCCCGAGGCCGUCAUUCAGCAACGAGGUCUUCAGAAAGCUUUGAAUCGUGUGAUUGAGACCCUUUUCGAAAACUGUUUUGAGGAGAAACGGUAUCGUCAAGUGGUGGGCAUUGCUUUGGAAGCCCGAAACCUGGACAUUCUACGCCGGGUACUCAAACGGGCAUCGGAAGAUGAACGAAAAGAAAAUGGUGAGGCGACCAAAACCGGCGAAGAGUUGAUGGAUUACAUUCUCGAUAUCUGUAUGAGCGUCGUACAAGAGCGGGGAUUGCGCAAUGAAAUUCUCAAACUCAUCCUGGAAUUGCUUAACGACAUUCCCUCACCCGACUACUUCGCAAUUGCAAAAUGUGUGGUAUACCUGGAUCAACAUUCAAUGGCCUCCAACAUGCUUCGACAAUUGGUCGAGAAGGGCGAUGACCGCUCCCUGGCUGUUGCCUACCAAGUCUCCUUUGAUCUGUACGACAACAGCACCCAAGAAUUCCUCCAAAAGGUACGCGAAGAAUUAUCCGACUUAUUACCGGAGGAAGCCAAAGCCGAAGCAGAUCUCCAAAAUGCCGAGAAGAUAGAGGAGGACACUCAAGGCAAAGCCGAGGACCAGUUACAACAGGAGUUACAAGACUCUGCCGGAGCGCCAGCGCCUUCAAAGAGCUCAAAGCUGUCAACCCCGGAGGAACAGAAAGCAAUCAAGAACAUCAGAGACAUCCUUGAUGGACUGACGUCAACACACUUGAACAUCGAGUUUCUCCACAAGUCCAACCGGGUCGAUCACACUAUAUUGAACAAGGUGAAGGAUAGUUUGGAGCCCCGGUAUUCCAUCUACCAUACAGCUGUUACACUCUCCGCCGGCUUCAUGCACGCCAAAACUGCGAAUGACACCUUCUUCAGACAGAAUUUGGAAUGGCUGGGCAAAGCGGUCAACUGGUCCAAAUUCACCGCGACCGCCGUAUUUGGUGUCAUUCAUCAGGGCAACAUCAACCAAGUGCAAAGACUAUUGAGCCCGUACCUGCCCAAAGCUGGUGGCGUUGGUUCUCACGAUUCUCCUUAUAGCCAAGGAGGGUCCUUGUACGCUUAUGGUCUGCUCUGUGCCAACCAUAAAGGCAAGGCUGUUGACUUCAUUCGAGAAAAGUUUAAGGAGGCUACCGAAGAAGUUGUCCAGCAUGGCGGUGCACUUGGUCUUGGUGUUGCUGGAAUGGCUUCUGGUGAUGAAUCUGUUUUCGAAGAUUUGCGAAACGUCCUUUGGAGCGAUUCUGCCAUCAACGGUGAGGCAGUGGGAUUGGCAAUGGGCCUGGUCAUGCUUGGUUCAGGCAACACCAAGGUCUUAUCCGAUAUGAUCCAGCACGCCCAUGACACGCAACACGAGAAGAUUGUUCGAGGUCUUGCGGUCGGUAUGGCCUUGAUCAUGUAUGGGCGUCAAGAAGGUGCCGACGAGCUCAUUCAAGGCCUGUUGAACGACACUGACCCUACAAUGAGAUACGGCGGCAUUCUGACCAUUGCCAUGGCGUACGUUGGCACCGGCAGCAACAAGGCUGUUCGGAAACUGCUACACGUUGCCGUUAGUGAUGUCAGCGACGAUGUGCGUCGCAUUGCUGUCCUGAGCUUGGGUUUCAUUCUGUUCCGAAAACACAGCAGCGUACCCAGAAUGGUGGAACUUCUGGCAGAGUCAUACAAUCCUCAUGUCAGAUAUGGUGCUGCCAUGGCGUUGGGCAUUUCCUGUGCUGGAACUGGCCUUGACGAGGCCAUUGAUCUUCUGGAGCCCAUGUUGAAGGAUCCCACAGACUUUGUUCGCCAAGGAGCUCUGAUUGCCCUCGCGAUGGUCCUGAUACAACAGAAUGAAGCAAUGAAUCCCAAGGUCGGCACAAUUCGCAAGCAGAUGUUGAAAAUCAUCAGUGAUCGCCAUGAGGAUGCCAUGUGCAAGUUUGGUUGUGCUCUGGCCAUGGGGAUCCUCGAUGCUGGUGGUCGGAAUUGCACCAUCAGUCUACAGACACAGACUGGCAACCUGAACAUGCUCGGUAUCGUCGGCACCGUUGUCUUCACACAAUACUGGUACUGGUUCCCUCUGGCUCAUUUCUUUUCUUUGUCCUUGACACCUACCGCUGUCAUUGGCAUUGACCAGAAGUUGGAGGCUCCCGUGUUUGAGUUCCACUGCAAUACUCGGCCUAGUCUAUUUGACUACCCGCCGGAACAGCAAGUCAAAGCAGAUGAGGCCCCUGAAAAGGUCAAGACUGCCGUGUUGAGUACUACGGCCCAAGCCAAGAGACGAGCUGCUAGGAAAGAGAAGCAGCAACGACGGGACAGCAUGGAUGUCGAUACAGUCACCCCGGUCACUCCAAAGAUUGACAAAGGUGAUAAGAUGGACACCGAUGACGUAGCUGCGAAAGAAGACGAUGACAAGAGAAAAGACGAAGGAGAGAAGAAAGAAGGCGAAACUCCUGAAGUCAAGAAGAAGGCCGAAAAGGAAAAGGUUGGGUACGAAAUCAGCAACAUGUCCCGAGUACUGCCGGCGCAGCUCAAGUACCUGACUUUCCCGGACCAGCGGUACCACCCGGUCAAGAAACCGACCGGCGGUGUUAUGGUGGUUCUGGACACGGAACCAGACAAGGAACGAGAAAUCAUUCCCUUGACGGUGAGUAAGAUUGAGCCUGUGGCGGCUGCUACGACGUCCGCAGGCAACGCACUCGGAACUGGAGCGCAGCAAGCACCACAAACACCAGCGGGACAGACAACAGCGGUUGGUGCUGGAGCUGCCGCGGCGGCCGGAGUAUUGACAGCAAUCGAUGAAGACGAGGAGGGCGUACAGGAUGCGCCAGUGCCGCACGAGUUCGACUAUGAGACAGAUGCGGAGGGGGCAGGGGACAAUGAGUAG